AUGCCAAAGGAAUACCACUCCCCUAAAAUUACUAUGAAUUCGCUUAGUUUAUCAAAGUAAUACUCAGAUAAGCCAUCAAAUGGUAGAAAAGUCAUUGUUGAGUAGAAUUAUUAAAACAAAUAGACUACUUCUUAAAGUAUAAUUUAGAAUAAUGCAAAAGCAAAGUCUAUCAAAUAGGGGUUAUCACCACCAUCAUAUUCACAUCUACGAAAAUUCUUAACUAAUGUAUCUUCAACUAAGAUUCCUCCAAGGCCUCUUCAGUAUAUGAUAACCUAAGAACCUAACGAAUAAACUAAUUAGAGUUAAAUCAUAACAAUCAUUACUGAGGAUACUUAGACUGUCAACUUUGAGCCACCGAAGCCUUUGAUUGAGUAAAACACUUUGAACUUAGGAAUUGCUAUUUCACAAGAUGAAUCACACAUAACUAUGGGUUUGGGUGAUGAGGCUGAGGAUUGUACUUAUAAUAAAACAAAUACUGAUAGGAGUAAACUCCUCUUUAGUAGAGGCGAGAGUUAGUUUGAUAUCUUGAGUUCAGUGAAUAUUGAAGAUAAUGUAGAUAAAAUAUUCAGGGAAUAUGAAGUUCAGGUUAGAUAGUAAGUCGAGGAGGAAAUUCAGAAAUAACUUCAAAAAACUAAAACUUAAGAAAUAGAACUUAUGAUUUUUCCUGAAAUGUAUGAUGAACAAAACGAAGGAAGGAUUAUUAUGGAAACAGAUAAGUCAGAGACUGUGCCGACAAUGCCUAAUGAGAGAUCAACCAGAUACUCUCAAAACCAAAACAAUCGCAAAUAUUUAAUGAUGAAACAUGCGAAGAAUAAUCACUCAAGAGACAAAUUAGAGUUUAAUAAAUUUAUCUAACCAAAUCAAAAGUAACAAAUUCCUGUUAUUAAGCCACCAAAAAGUCCUGAUAAUCAAUCUAUCCUUCUAAAUGUGCUUUCCAAAAAAAACAUCUACCAAACAGCUGAUAAGGCUCAAUUGAACCUGGAAUACAAUGCAUUAGAAACAGAGAAAUUCAACUCUAAUGAAAAAGCUCAAUACAGGAUAAAUGCAAAUGUCAGCCAAGAGUAUUUAGACUUUAUUCAUAAUUCGAAAUUGUUAGUAUAGCAAUAAACGGAAGAUAAGAAUAUUGUAAAUUCUUUUAGACCUUCAUCAGUGAGCAGAGGUAUAUUUUUCUCAUUUGAUUCUAAUAAGAAACAAUAUCCAUAAGCGAGUAAUUCAAAAAAGAAAUCAUUGAUUUACAAUUCUCAAAUUUCAUCUCCAGAGAGAAUAAGGGGUUCAAGUAGAUGCCUAAAAAUAGGAUCUGACCAGUUCUGCCCAAUAAUAAAUUUAAAUCAGGCAAACAGACUUGGCGAUCGAGAUAGAACUCCGUCCAUCAAUGAUAGAUAUCAAUCUUCUACUACUUUACUAUUUAACGGAAAGCUGUCAGAAUUUAAUUAAACAGCACCUAGUACAAACUUAGAGCAAAAGAUUUAGAACGUUCACUAACUUCUCAACCAAACUCUAAAAAGUAACAGUAAUCAUCACAGAAACAUAAAAACCUAAAUGAAUGCUUACGAUUCUAUAAAAUCGACUACUUCACUUAAUUAGAUUGCAUCUGGCUAAGAAAAAUUGCUGAAAGUUAACCACUCUAGCAAAUUAAAAAACUAAGAUUUGGCUUUUUAACUGAAUAGAGAUUGUAGAAGUGUUACAAACUUCAACGUUACAGGCGCUUUAUGCCAAAAUUCAGUACUAAAGCCAUCUGAGCAAAGCCCAUUUAGAGUAGAUCUAUAGUUUUAUAGACCUAAUUCAACACUUUAAUUGAAUAACAUUAGUAGCUCUAAAACAUUAGUUGAAGGUUAGUAAAAACUAUAAAUGACCAUUGAAGAACCUUAAUAAGACAUGCAAAAUAAAAUAAUUAAUGAGAAGCAUAAGAGACUACUCAAGUCAAUCAAAGGAAAUAUAGCAAAAAAUAGAAGAGUAGCUUUUUCUUCUCUUGAUGAAAAUAAGUUAAACUUGAUUAAUCCUAACAAUCAAACCAAUGGAGACAAAAGAUUAAACAAGUAUCUGAACCAUAAACAUAAAUAACUAGGGAUGCAAGAAUUAACACAGUCUCAGCCAAAACUAUAAAUAUCAACUCACACAAAAUCUACUGUUAACUGUACUAAUUAGAGAAUUGAUAAAUUAAAAAAUUAGACAUCAUUUUAAGCCCUUGCCUCUAAGACAUAAAAUCUUGCGAAAUUUGUGCAGAACAAAGUCAACAAGCAGACUUAAGAGACUACGUAGAAAAAGAUACCUAACAUCAAUACUUCUUAAUAAAUAACAUAAGCUUAUUGCCAUAAUUCACUAGAGAGAAAGUAAAGUGAGAGUCAUAGAUAAAAAGUGCAAUCAAAGAAUCAGCAUUUCACUAAUCACAUCCUACAUCAUUCACAGAAGUCAAAAGUGCAAGAGAGAAAUAAAGAAAAUCUUUGA